AUGUCGUUUAAUAGUGAACCAUCACUAGAUGAACAAAUAUAUGAACUACAGGAAGAGGAUAGUAUUUUAUCUUUCUAUCCGAUAGAGAUCGAUGCGGAAGAUAUCGAUGAUCUUAUUUCAGAAGAAAAUAUUAUUAAAUAUGAGAACACGUACAGAAUGGAUUCGAAAAAACCAUUCGACGAACGCCUAGCCAAGGUAGUAUUAAAAACUGAAAUUGAAAACCAUUUAAACGACGAAACCAAGUACGACCAAAACGAAGCAAUACAAACCUGUAUUAAUAUUUCACUUAAUGUCAGAAAUAAAAUUCGGGAUAUGGAUUUUGAUAGGUAUAAAAUAGUUUGUAUUGUCGGAAUUGUGGAAAAGAAAAGCCAAGGAGUGUUAUCAGAAGUCAAAUUUUUACGCGAUAUUAGUAGAGAUAAAUACGUCAAAACCAAAUUUGAAAAUAAUUUUCUAGUUGCUACUAUUGUCGUAGGCGCAUUUUAUCACGAAUAA